CGCUACGGACCAACGGUGUUGUUGUCGUCGCGUUCGGAUAAAAUAUGUGUUUGACAAUUAUUAAUUAUUAUUCAAUCUUUUCCACGAGACACCACCGCGGGUCGUAUGCGGUCGUAUCCGAGUGAACGACAAAAAGUAGAAAAGAUAAUAUACUUAUAAACAAACAAACGCCUCGCACUAUGAUCCGUCAAUGUUUACACGGGCCGCCGUCGGUUGCAAUCGUCGAGUGCUCCUUAUUGCCAUUAUCGUUGCAGUGGCAGUCUGGUUCGGUUGGCGUUUACCUAUAACGACGGAUCUCUCGGUAUUUAAAAACAAAAAAAAUUCUCUUUUUUUUUUUAUCGGCGUUUUUCGAUCAUGUGCUCGUUGCCUUUCGAUCGCCGGAAAUCCGUGUCGCCGUCAUCGUCUUGGCGGUACUUUGGCGACUACGGCGGAUACUCGAUGACCGGCCCCAGGAAAAGGGACAAACGGGGUUGUGCCGGGGUCGUUAACGCCAUGACUGUCGACAGGAUAUACGGUAGGCUAAGGGUGGCCGCACCUGCAGCGGCAACCCCGUCGACGACCCCUUUGAUGUUCUCGCCCGACGCCCCGACCGCCCUGUUGAUUUACCCGAAACUCUGCGGUUGCCGUCUGGUGCCCGGCGAAACACGCAUCUCCUCCUCGGACUAUACAGACAGAAGCAAAAGUUCUAGCCGGUCGACCACGCCACCACCUCAGUUUGCAGAAUGUCAGCAACGGUUGAACGGCGAACCGCCACAGCACGAGGAAGGGUCGGAGAUGUUCGAAGAGCCUGUAGAAGAAAUGAACGGCGACCGCAUAGUGUGGGAAUUCCAUCAAGUGACACUGAACCGCGUUCCCGGCUAUGGAUUCGGUAUCGCUGUCAGCGGUGGCCGGGACAAUCCGCAUUUCGCUAACGGUGACCCAUCGAUAGCCGUAUCGGACGUUUUGAAAUCCGGCCCAGCCGAAGGAAAGCUAAUGGUAAACGACAGGAUAAUGACCGCAAACGGAGUGUCGCUGGACAACGUGGAAUACGGCACUGCGGUCGCCGUACUGAGAGAAUGCGGUGAUAACGUUACUCUGUCGCUGAGACGUCGCCUGGUGUUACCGUCCAACACUCCGCACACGUUGCGCGUACACUUGACCAAGACGAGGAAAAAAGACGAUUUUGGCCUAGUGCUGGGCAGUAGAAUAUACAUUAAAGACGGCACCAAAGGCACCGACAACAGUGUGCAAGAAGGUGACGUCCUGUUGAAGAUCAACAAUCACUCGGUGACCGACGGCAUGACGCUGAAAGAAGCCCGCAGAUUGAUCGAGUCGGCCAAGGACAAGUUGAGUUUGACGGUGCGCAGAGAGGGUACGGCCAACGGCAGUCUACAUUAUUCCGGCUCGUCUGAACCAACGUCCUUACAGACCAAAGAAAACAACAAUUACAUGGAAGGAGUCAACGGAUCGGCGUAUCCGUCUCAAAACCUGUACGUGCAACCGCCGAGCAGAGGGAUGCUGGAAGAAGCCAAAAGCAACUUGGCGCCUCGAGGUAGAUCUCGUAAUCCGCUGUUGGAUUCGGUUUCCUUAAGCCAAUUAGACAGGCCAACGUCGGCUAUGGACAACAACGCUUCGAUAAACAAUACGUUACACAACGGCGAUAUGGGACCUACGUACAGCCAUGGCCGUAGUAGGAGUGGUGCUGAAGACCAUUCUGAACCUCCUCGGCCGCCACCUCCAAGACCCGAAGACUAUUACAGUACGACUAGACAAUUUUACGAAGACACGUUACCUCAAAGAUCUAAACAUUUAAAGCCCGACCCCAGGUUCAUUACGUUCCAAAAAGAAGGAUCGGUCGGCAUCCGACUGACCGGCGGCAACGAAGUCGGUAUAUUCGUGACGGCGGUACAGCCGGGAAGUCCUGCGUUCACCCAAGGCCUUCAGCCCGGCGAUAAAAUACUCAAAGUCAACGAUAUGGACAUGAAAGGGGUUACUCGCGAAGAGGCCGUUCUGUUUUUGUUGAGUCUUCAGGAUCAAAUUCAUUUAAUCGUACAACACCGUCGCGACCAAUACGAACAAAUAAUGACCAAUCAGCGUGGCGAUUCGUUCCACAUCAAAACGCACUUUGACUACGAACAACCCAAUAAAGGUGAAAUGAGCUUUUGCAAGGGCGACGUUUUCCACGUGAUGGACACUUUGCACAACGGCGUGGUCGGAUCGUGGCAAGUGUUCCGUAUCGGCAGAAACAAUCAAGAAGUGCAAAAGGGAAUAAUUCCGAACAAAGCCCGAGCCGAAGAACUCGCUACGGCUCAGUUUAACGCUACGAAAAAAGAAAUGAACGCCUCCGAGAACAAAGGCGGUUUCUUCAGACGCCGGAAACACAACCAUCGAAGAUCGAAAUCUCUGAGCAAGGAAAAUUGGGACGACGUAGUGUUUGGCGAUAGCAUAAGCAAAUUCCCGGCUUACGAGAAAGUGGCGUUGAACCAUACGGGAUUCGUACGACCGGUGGUUUUGUUCGGACCCAUAUCGGAUAUAGCGAGGGAAAAACUUACCAAGGACUUUCCUGAUAAAUUCUUAUCGCCUCAACUUGAAAAUAACACUACGGACGGCGCCAAGAAAAUCAGCGGCAUAAUUCGACUGAGCGCCAUACGCGAUAUCAUGGAUCGGGGCAAACACGCAUUGUUGGACGUCACUCCCAACGCAGUGGACCGUUUGAACUACGCUCAGUUUUAUCCGAUUGUAAUCAUGUUGCGCGCCGACAACAAGCAAAUAGUAAAAGAACUCCGUGCCGGUCUACCAAAGUAUAUAUAUAUAUAUAUCCGUUUUUAUACAUUUCACAGUGUUGUGUAUUUUUGUAAUUGGUUUUUUUUUUUCUCGUUUAGAACCGCUCACAAGAGCAGUAAAAAGUUGUUGGAACAGUGUCAGAAAUUGGAGAAAGCCUGGUCGCACGUUUUCACUUCAUCGCUGACGUUGAACGGAGGCGACGCUUGGUAUCGUAAGCUCAGGGAGCUCAUCGACAAACACCAAAGCUCCCCGACUUGGGUCAGCGAGACUAAGCCCGAAGAAAACCUGUCCGAUGACUUGCUAUUUCCGAUGACCUCCCUGCGCCUGUCGUACGCUUCAUCUCCUGAAAGCGACAUGGAGACGAGCAACACCACCUUGGCGUCUCCCACGUCGAAUUCGGCGACCAGUCCGACGACGGUGGGCUCCAGGCUGGUGAAGAGUUCCAGCGAUCCGAGCAUCACCACGCAAGACGAUUCGGCCAUACCCAAUUACAAUCCACCGCCGCCGUACACGCCAUCGGUAUUUAAACAGGCGAGUUACGAGCCGCCACAACCGUUGCGCAUGGCCGGGCCGCCGACCCAUACGACGUUGAUGGUAAACGGCAACGGGGCGCCGGAUCUACCGCCGCGGGUGGACAGGAACACAAAGCCGAUGGGCGUGAAUCGCGUCAACGGUCAGAGAUCGGCCACCGACAGGCUUUUCAGUCCGAACGGCGUCGACGAUAAUCCUAAUUACAUUAACGCCACUCCUCACCAUCAGCGUACCCACACCAGCACUAGCAAACAAUUGUACGACAUGCACAACAGUUACGAUAGCGUCUCGUCGUAUGACAGUUACGGUGUCCGCAUGAACGGUGGUGGCAACAACGGUAGCGGUAAUUUGACUUCGAAUUUAGUUUCAAACUCUCAGGACGACCUGAAAACGGGCAGCAACAACACGUUGGGCAGAGGUCAUCACGAUCCGUAUAGAUUCACAAGAUCCACGCAACAACCCGUCGACACCAAAAUGUCCGACUACCCUAAGUACAGACCUCCUGGCGGUACAAACGGAGGUAUCGUUGAGUACGCCACUAGUAAACCUCUUCCUCUUCCAAAAUCACCACCUCAACAAUCGUACAAACCCGUACCGCCUCCAAAACCUAAAAACUACCGACCGCCCGUGCAACAGCAACAACAACAACAGUACUACCAACCGGCGCCGCCGGCGAACAAUUUCCAACACUCAAAGUCCUUCAGCAUAGCCGACAGUACAUAUUCGUCGCACAUGUCCAACGGGAUGCCGUCGUCGCCGAGCAAGUAUUCGUCAGAAUCGACGGACGUAAACACAGCCGAUUCCGGUCACGGCAGCAGCUUGGACAGAGGUUACGAGCGCCGCGGCGGCAGCGGCCAACAUUCGUCGCAGCAAAUGGAACGCAAUCACUCGAUGUACUACAAACAACACCACAGGGAUCCCAACGCGUUGGACCUGACCCAGCACAGGGAUCAGCGCGGCAGCGCGUUCGAACUGUACAAAAAGCCGGCGUCGGGCGACCACCGCAUGACCAACGGCAACGGCCAUUACAACGUCGACGCUCUGCGGUGACAACGACAGUAUCCGGUCAGGUUCUAGUUUUUGGAAGAACCCGAUCCGGCUCGACGGGGUGUCCUCUUUCUCUCCGUAAAUUUGUACACAAAUCCGUAAAUUAUAGUAUUUAUAAAUAAUUAUUAUUAAUAUUUAUAAUCAUGUUCAUAAAUUUGUUUUUGUAUUCGACGGACUGAUUGACGGUUAUUUGUUUAUUAUUAUUUGUUUUAUUAAUUGUUGGGUGUCUAACAAUUUUAUAAUUGUGUUUUACAUAUAAUAAUAUGUUCAUGGACAAAAAAUGUGUUUGGUGCGAUCGAUCAAUAUUUAGAAUAGAAAACAAUGUUUGUAAUUAAUGUGAAUUUAACGAGCAACGCAAGUCUGAAUUUUUAAAUAUGAGACGCUUCAUCGAUGUCGUUGUUACGACGUCCGAGUGUGGAAAUGAAGUGAUCAACUGUUAUUACUUAUUAGUAUAUAUUAAGAAGAUCAAACUAUACAUUUUUUUUUUUUUAUUAUUAUUCUUUGUUGAAUACGUACGACAAAAUAUUGUGCCUUAUUUUUUUUUUUUUUUUUGAACGUCUUGCCCAUCGAAGAUAAAAGUUGUUUUUUUAAUUUUUUACUUAUUCCUGAGAAACGGACGUUAUUUAAUUAAAAAAAUAUAAUUAUUAUAUUUUGUGAUGAUUUUAAU